GCGGAAUUUCCUGUAUAAAAGAUAAACCCAAUAGCCCGUUCACAGCCUCCUCCUCCUCAAAGCCACUCACUCUCCCCGCUGACCUUCACCUCUGUUCUCCUUUCUGUUCCUAUCAACUCUCAACCCUCGCAGAUACCAUCAUCUUCUCGUCCAAUCAACCUCUGUCGUCCUGACUCUCUAUCCUUGCUCUCCCUGAAGCUCGUCAACGUCAAGUCCCUUGGCUUAGAACCUGGAACCCCCUCUGCCGUUCUUUUCUGCCCGAUCGUCAAUAACUAUCUUGCAUCAAAUCUGGUCUUUCUCUCGAAUGAUCUUUGCCCUGGAUUCAUUGGUGAAAAUUGAGUGCAAUUAGAUCAAGCGUGAGAAAUUGAAACGUUUCUAUCGUCAACCAGCUGUGCUGCUUUCAUAAGUUCCUGACAAUAAGAUCAACUUGCUAUGGUUUCUUGCAAGCAAACUGAUAGUUCUCUUGAUGAAGAAAUUGCGAAUAUGCAAUGUUCUUCUAUGGAUAUUCAAAAUUUCAUGGGCGAUGUUGACGUCAUGGAAGAAAUCGCGCUUGCGGACGCGAGAACGGAUAUCCCCGAGAGCAAAACCAAAGGGAAACGCAGAGUGCAGAGAGCAUGUGAUGCAUGCCGAAGAAAGAAAGUGAAAUGCGAGGAUACACGUCCAUGCUCUAGAUGUAUCGAAGAUGAUGAUCAUUGCCUGUCCAGCACAGACUUGAAGAAAUCUCAGGAAUCAACAUGCAGCGACAACAAACCCCGCUGUCCCGUUUGCGAGGAAUCUGCAAGCGGGUCACCAAGACCAUGCUGGCGAUGUGUUAUUACAGGGAAUGCUCCUGUCGACGAAUUUAGCCUCGGUGGUGGUCCGGAUGUACCACAGGACAACCUCUGUGACGGACAAGCCUAAGACUUGGAGCCGUCGUUGUGUUGUGUUUGAAUAUUACGUCCAUCCUUUUAUGUGCAUGCGUUAUGCUUACAUAUGACUAAGAUUGACAUGGUUGUACUAUACAUC